UAUUAUUGUUUACUAGUCCCAAUUACGAGAGAGAGAAGGAGAGAAGAAACAGGUUAAUUUGUCUGUCUUCCCUGUCAAGAUCUAGGGGUUUUCCAUAUCCUCCGCCCUGUUCAAAGAUCUGUAACCUUGCUUAGUGGUCGGUGCUUCCGUUCACCUAGUUUUCUCUCUGUCCUGCCCAUAGAAGAAGAUAAAAUAAGCUUAUUUUGAUCAACCAAGAAAGCUGCACCCUACUUCCUUGCUUCUGCAAAUUAGUAGUAUGACUAAAUUUUAAGUCUCCAUGUUCAUUAAUCAUAACCCUGUGUAUAUAAAUGUUGUCCCUUAUUUUAUGCUAUGAUUCCUAGAAUUGGACGAUAGAAAGAAGAAGCCUGCUUGCUGGGAAAGAUGGAGGGAAAUAGCGGCAUCAAAUGUUCAAAGCCAAGCCCAUCUAAACAAAGCCAAGCUGAGAGUGAAAGUGAAGAAAAUGAUGGUGAAAGUAAGCCUGGAAAUGGAAGAAGCUCAAGCAACAGCACGGUAGAAGAGAAUGAGAAGAAGCCAUCUGUCAGGCCUUAUGUCAGAUCCAAGAUGCCAAGACUCCGGUGGACACCUGAUCUUCACCUUCGUUUCGUUCAUGCAGUUGAGAGAUUAGGUGGACAAGACAGAGCUACCCCAAAGUUGGUUCUUCAACUGAUGAAUAUAAAAGGACUUAGCAUCGCCCAUGUCAAGAGCCAUCUACAGAUGUAUAGAAGCAAGAAGAUUGAUGAUCAAGGACAAGUCAUAAGCGAUCAUAGGCAUCUUGUGGAAAGUGGAGAUAGAAAUAUUUACAACCUCAGCCAAGUACUUCCCAUGUUGCAAGGAUAUAAUAAUCAUCAUCAAGGCAAUAGUUCUAGUAGUUUCAGAUACGGAGAUGCUUCCUGGAAUGGCCUCGAGUGCUUGAUGCGUAAUCCUUAUACAAGCAGAAGUUUCAUUGAUGAACAAAGACUAGGAUUGCAUGGAACAGUAACACAGAGGAUCGUUGGCAGUAACAAUAUCAAUUGGACCAAUUACACUUGCAGGAUGGGCGCUUCCCCUUUCAAUGCACUACCUAGCUGGAAAAGCCAUGAAGUGAAGAAUGAAUUUUUAACAUCUCACAAUCUUGAAUCGUACCAAACCAAGCCAAGAUUAGGCCAAAUUGAGCUCAACCCCGUAAGUCCAACGCAAGCUAAGGUAGAAGAUCAAACGAAUUUCAGCACAAGUGGCCCUUCUGAUUUAAACAAAACUAAUGCACAAGACUUUGAGGCAAUGAAAAGAAAGAGUUCAGAUUGCAACCUUGACUUGGAUCUAUCUCUACGGCUAACGCAGGUGAACGAGGAAAGCCAGAGAAGUUCCAAGGAAGACGAUGUUGGCAGUGAGUUAUCUCUGUCAUUGUACUCACCAUCAUCCUCAAAGCUUAGUAGAUUGAAAGGAGAUCAUAGAAAGGAGAGUGCAAGAAGGGUGAGUACUCUAGAUCUGACUAUAUGAAUGGGACAAUUCUAAGUGAGAUCUUGAGGUACUUAUCCUAGAGGAAGGUUUUUCUCAUUUCUUGCACCAAUAUUACACCAAUUGAUAAUAAACUUUUGUUUUUAUAAUGAUAUAUUC